AUGGCGACAGGGAGCAGCUGUGGGGAGCUGAGACGACCCUGCCUGGCAGCCCUGCUGCUGCUGCUUGCAUGGACCCCUUAUCCGGCUGCCGCCGCCGCCAGCACCCUGCUGCUGCACGGGGGGGCUGCACCCCGGCCUCAGGACCGGGGCUUCGCGCUGCUCCAAGGAGAAGCGCUGAGCCUGGGUGACAGAGGGACGGGCAGGGCAAGCGAGAGGCUCCAGCCGCGGAGGAAGAGGAGCGCUGCGGACCCGCCGCAGCCGCAAGAGCCCAUUAAGGUGUAUGGACAGGUCAGCCUGAAUGAUUCUCACAAUCAGAUGGUCGUUCACUGGGCAGGAGAAAAGAGCAAUGUGAUUGUGGCCUUGGCUAGAGACAGCCUAGGGUUACUGAGGCCCAAGAAAAGCGAUGUUUAUGUGUCGUACAACUACGGGAAGACAUUUAAAAAGAUAUCGGAGAAAUUCAGCUUUGGUGCAGGGAACACCAGCGAUGUGGCCAUCUCACAGUUCUACCACAGCCCUGCUGACAACAAAAGGUACAUCUUUGUGGAUGCCUACACCCAGUACCUCUGGAUCACCAUGGACUUCUGCAGCAAUAUCCAGGGCUUCUCUAUUCCAUUCAGAGCCGCAGAUCUGCUGUUACACAGUAGGAUCCCUAACCUUGUUUUGGGCUUCGAUAGGUCUCAUCCCAACAAACAGCUCUGGCAAUCUGAUGAUUUUGGGCAGACCUGGAUAAUGAUUCAGGAACACGUGAAAUCUUUUUCUUGGGGCAUUGACCCAUAUGAUAAACUGAAUACAGUUUACAUAGAACGACAUGAGCCUACAGGGUCCUCAACUAUAAUUCGCAGCACAGAUUUCUUUCAAACCAGGGAAAAUAAAGAAAUCAUUCUGGAAGAGGUUGAAGACUUCCAGCUCAGGGACAAGUAUCUGUUUGCCACAAAGACUGUGCAUUUAUUGGGCAGCCAGCAGCAAACUUCAGUCCAGCUCUGGGUUUCCUUCAACCGCAAGCCAAUGCGAGCUGCGCAGUUUGUAACCAGACAUCCAGUAAAGGAAUACUACAUUGCGGAUGCAUCCGAGGACCAGGUGUUUGUGUGUGUCAGCCACAGUAACAACCGCACCAACCUCUACAUCUCAGAAGCAGAAGGCCUGAAGUUUUCUCUGUCUUUAGAAAAUGUGCUGUACUACAGCCCUGGAGGGGCGGGCAGCGAUACCCUGGUCAGGUAUUUUGCCAACGAGCCUUUUGCAGAUUUCCACCGUGUCGAGGGCGUGAGAGGAGUGUACAUUGCCACCCUGAUAAACGGCUCGUUCAGCGAAGAGAACAUGAGGUCUGUCAUCACCUUUGACAAAGGUGGAACCUGGGAAUUCCUGCAGGCUCCGGCAUAUACGGGUUAUGGAGAAAAGAUAGAUUGCGAGUUUUCAAAGGGCUGCUCUCUUCAUCUGGCCCAGCGACUGAGUCAGCUGCUUAACUUCCAGUUGCGUAGGAUGCCCAUUCUCUCCAAAGAAUCUGCUCCAGGACUGAUCAUUGCCACAGGCUCGGUGGGCAAGAACAUGGCAAGCAAAACGAACGUGUACGUUUCAAGCAGUGCAGGAGCGAGGUGGAGAGAGGCACUGUCCGGCCCCCAUUACUACACUUGGGGUGACCAUGGUGGCAUUCUUGUCGCAAUAACACAGGGCACAGAGACAGACCAGCUCAAGUACAGCACAAAUGAAGGGGAGACCUGGAAAACAUUCACUUUCUCAGAGAAACCGGUAUUUGUGUAUGGGCUUCUCACUGAGCCAGGGGAGAAGAGCACAGUGUUCACCAUCUUCGGCUCCUAUAAAGAGAACGGCCACAGCUGGCUGAUACUGCAGAUCAACACCACUGACGUGCUCGGCGUCCCUUGCACAGAAAAUGAUUACAAACUGUGGUCACCCUCCGACGAGCGAGGUAAUGAGUGCUUACUGGGGCAUAAGACAGUUUUCAAAAGGAGGACUCCUCAUGCGACCUGCUUCAAUGGGGAAGAUUUUGAUAGACCAGUUAUGGUCUCCAACUGCUCAUGUACAAGAGAAGACUUUGAAUGUGAUUUUGGUUUUAAACUGAGCGAUGACUUAUCAUUAGAAGUUUGUGUUCCUGAUCCUGAAUUUGCUGGGAAACCAUAUUCCCCACCUAUGCCUUGUCCUGUUGGCUCGACGUAUAGAAAGACUAGAGGCUACCGCAAGAUCUCUGGUGACACCUGUUCAGGAGGAGACAUUGAAUCACGGCUAGAAGGGGAGCUGGUGCCAUGCCCUCUAGCAGAAGAGAAUGAGUUUAUUCUGUAUGCCACGCGCUACUCCAUCCACCGGUACGAUCUCUCUUCUGGAAUCAGCGAGGAGUUGCCUCUGACUGGAUUGCGAGGGGCAGUGGCUCUGGACUUUGAUUACGACCACAACUGUUUGUACUGGGCGGAUGUGACGCUUGACAUUAUCCAGCGUCUUUGUCUAAACGGCAGCUCUGGACAGGAGAUAAUCAUUAGCACUGGCCUAGAAACAGUGGAAGCGUUGGCCUUUGAACCUCUCAGUCAGUUGCUUUACUGGGUGAAUGCUGGUAUUCCAAAAAUCGAGGUUUCCAACCCAGAUGGAGACUUGCGAUUUACUGUUCUGAAUUCCUCUGUACUCGAACGACCCAGAGCCCUAGCUUUGGUGCCUAAAGAAGGGUUGAUGUUCUGGACAGACUGGGGAGACUCUAGACCUGGCAUUUACAGAAGCGAUAUGGAUGGUUCGUCGGCCAGUUGCAUUGUCUCUGAGGGAGUGAGAUGGCCAAAUGGCAUUUCUGUGGAUGAUCACUGGAUCUAUUGGACGGAAGCCUAUAUGGAUAGAAUCGAGAGGAUUGAUUUCAAUGGGAUGCAGAGAUCUGUGAUACUGGAUAGUCUUCCUCAUCCCUAUGCUAUUGCUGUAUUUAAGAAUGAAAUCUACUGGAAUGAUUGGUCGCAGCUGAGUAUUUUUAGAGCAUCUAAAUACAGUGGGUCGAGAAUGGAGAUUUUAGUUGGCCGAUUAAAUGGGAUCAUGGAUAUGAAAAUCUUCUACAGAGGAAAGACAACAGGGCAGAAUGCCUGCAUCACCAAGCCUUGCAGUUUGUUGUGUUUGCCCAAAUCAAACAACAGCAGAAGCUGCAAGUGUCCUGAGGGAGUCUCCAGCAGUGUGCUCCCAUCAGGGGAAGUGAAGUGUGAUUGUCCACAUGGAUACGUGAUGAAGAACACCACCUGCAUCAAGGAAGAUAACACCUGUCUGCCUAACCAGUAUAGAUGCUUCAACGGGAAUUGCAUCAACAGCAUUUGGCAGUGUGACAACGAUAACGAUUGCGGGGACAUGAGCGAUGAGAAGAAUUGCCCCACAACAGUCUGUGAUAGCGAGACUCAGUUCCGCUGCCAGGGCUCGGGGACCUGCAUCCCGCUGUCCUAUAAAUGUGACCUGGAGGACGACUGUGGAGAUAACAGUGAUGAAAGCCACUGCGAAGCUCACCAAUGUAGAAGUGAUGAAUUCAGCUGCAGCUCGGGGAUGUGCAUUCGUCUUUCUUGGAUGUGUGACGGCGAUAACGACUGCAGGGACUGGUCAGAUGAAGCGAACUGCACUGCAGUAUACCAUACAUGUGAAGCUUCCAGUUUCCAGUGCCACAAUGGGCAUUGCAUUCCCCAGCGGUGGGCAUGCGAUGGCGACGCCGACUGCCAGGAUGGCUCCGAUGAGGACCCUGUCAAGUGUGAAAAAAAGUGCAACGGUUUCCAGUGUCCGAAUGGAACCUGCAUCCCAAAUAGCAAGCACUGUGAUGGGCUGCAUGACUGCUCCGAUGGCUCUGACGAACAGCACUGCGACCCUCUGUGCACGCGCUACAUGGACUUUGUGUGUAAGAACCGGCAGCAGUGUUUGUUCCACUCCAUGGUGUGUGAUGGCAUUGUGCAGUGUCGGGAUGGCUCGGAUGAAGAUGCCAACUAUGCUGGAUGCUCCCAAGACCCAGAGUUUCACCGGACCUGCGACCAGUUCAACUUCCAGUGCCAGAAUGGCGUGUGCAUCAGUUUGGUGUGGAAAUGUGAUGGGAUGGAUGAUUGUGGGGAUUACUCUGAUGAAGCAAACUGUGAAAACCCAACGGAAGUGCCGAACUGCUCUCGCUACUACCAGUUCCAGUGUGAGAAUGGCCACUGCAUCCCUAACCGGUGGAAAUGCGAUGAGGAGAAUGACUGUGGUGAUUGGUCUGACGAGAAGGACUGUGGGGGUUCACAGAUCCUUCCCUUUACGACAUCUGCCCCAGCAACAUGUUUACCUAACCACUUCCGUUGCAACAGCGGCGCCUGCAUCAUGAACAGCUGGGUUUGCGAUGGAUAUCAGGACUGCACAGAUGGCUCAGAUGAGGAAGCCUGCCCUACUUUAUUAGCCAACGUAACUGCGACUUCCACCACCUCCCUCGGCCGGUGCAGCAGGUUUGAGUUUGAGUGUCAGCAACUGAGGAAGUGCAUCCCUAACUGGAAGCGAUGUGAUGGCUUGAGAGACUGCCAGGAUGGCACGGAUGAAAUGAACUGUCCUACUCACAGCACACUGUCAUGCCCUAACGGUUAUAAAUGUGAAGAUGGGGAAGCCUGUAUCAUGACAACAGAACGGUGUGAUGGAUUUCUGGACUGUUCAGAUAGUAGCGACGAGAGAAACUGCACUGAUGACACAAUUGUGUACAAAGUCCAGAAUCUCCAGUGGACGGCUGAUUUCUCUGGUGAUGUCACUUUAACGUGGGCCCGACCUAAAAAAAUGUCCUCAACAUCUUGUGUGUAUAAUGUCUAUUACAGGAUGGUUGGCGAAAGCAUUUGGAAAACGUUAGAAACUCACAGCAACAAAACGAACAGUGUCUUAAAAGUCCUCAAGCCAGAUUGCACCUAUCAGGUCAAAGUUCAGGUCCAGUGCCUCAGCAAAGUGUACAACACCAAUGACUUUAUUACUCUGCGUACGCCGGAGGGAUUACCCGAUCCCCCCCUUCAUCUUCAGCUGUCCCUAAAGAAAGAGCUGGAAGGCGUGGUGAUCGCCCGCUGGGCUCCGCCCAUGUCUGCCCACGGCCUGAUCCGAGAGUACAUCGUGGAAUACAGUAGAAGUGGUUCCAAGGAGUGGUCCUCACUUAGAGCCAGUAAGAACUAUACCGAGAUUGAGAACUUGCAGGUCAACAAAUUAUACACACUAAGAGUUGCUGCAGUAACUAGUCGGGGCGUAGGAAACUGGAGUGAUUCCAAAUCCAUAACCACCAUGAAAGGCAAAGUCAUCCCACCGCCUACCAUCCGUAUUGAGAGUUACAAUGAAAACUCUAUAAGUUUCACCCUGAAAGUGGACACUAACAUUAAGGUGAAUGGUUAUAUCGUGAACUUCUUCUGGACCUUCGAUACCCACAGGCAAGAAAAAAGGACUUUGUUCCUAGAUGGUGAAAAGUCAGCACAAACAGUGGGUAAUUUGACAGCACACACACCGUAUGAAAUUUCUGCUUGGGCCAAGACCGCACUGGGUGACAGCCCUUUGUCUUUUGCACAUGUUGUGACCAACGGUACGAGACCUGUGUCGCCAAGCCUCAAAGCCAAAGCCAUCAAUCAGACUGCUGUGGAGUGUAACUGGACGGGACCGAGGAACGUCGUCUAUGGUGUUUUCUAUGCCACAUCGUUCCUAGAACUAUAUAGAAACCCUCAUAACACCACCACUGCUUUACACAACAUCACUGUGAUCGUGAACAGGGACGAGCAGUACCUGUUUCUGGUCCGUGUGAUGUCUCCGUACCAAGGACCACCUUCCGACUACAUCGUGGUGAAGAUGAUACCGGACAAUAGGCUUCCCCCUCGGCAUCUGCAUUCUGUGCUCACCAGAAAGACAUUUGCUGUCAUCAAGUGGGAGUCGCCCUACGAUUCGCCUGACCAGGAUAUGCUGUACGCUGUCGCAGUAAAAGAUUUAAUUAAAAAAACAGAUAAAAUCUACAAGGUGAAAACCCGUAACAGCACAGUGGAAUACACCAUUAAAAAGCUGGAGCCGGGAGGAAAAUAUCACAUAAUUGUUCAACUCGGAAACAUGAGCAAAGAAUCCAGUAUGAAAAUUACUACAGUUUCACUCUCUGCACCAGAUGCCUUAAAAAUUAUAACGGAAAAUGAUCAUAUUCUGCUUUUUUGGAAGAGUUUAGCCUUGAAAGAAAGUAAUUUUAAUGAAAGCCGGGGUUACGAGAUACACAUGUUUGACAGCACGAUGAAUAUCACAGCUUAUCUUGGGAACACCACAGAGAACUUCUUCAAAAUUUCCAACCUGAAGAUAGGCCACAACUAUUCAUUCACAGUUCAGGCCCGAUGUCUUUAUAGCGGACAGAUGUGUGGGGAGCCUGCUACUCUUCUGUACGACGAACUAGGAACUGGUGAAGAUGCCUCUGCGUCUAAAACUGGUAAAUCCACAGAUGUAGCUGCCAUCGUGGUCCCGAUAUUAUUCCUAUUGCUUGUGACCAUGGGAAUAGGGUUUGUUGUAUUAUACAUGAGACACAGAAGACUGCAGAAUAGCUUCACUGCCUUUGCAAAUAGCCACUACAGCUCCCGCCUUGGGUCAGCCAUAUUCUCUUCCGGUGACGAUUUAGGAGAGGACGACGACGAAGCCCCUAUGAUAACUGGAUUCUCAGAUGACGUUCCCAUGGUCAUCGCAUGA